AAACAGUACGUCAUAGCAGCUCCGACAAUCAACCGGCGUCGUCCAGCCCGCGCAUACAGCGUACAGCAGGAGCGACGGCAGCAUUCCUCGUGCCAGGAGGGAAACUACUCAUCAUGGCUCUUCCACAAUCCGCUUACAAGGAUCGCCAGUUCCUUGCUGUUAUCGGCGACGAGGACUCGGUGACGGGAGUCUUGCUCGCCGGUGUUGGUCACGUUACAGACCCUCCAGAUGCGCAAAAGAACUACCUUGUUGUCGACCACAAGACCGAAGUGUCGGCCAUCGAGGAGGCCUUUGACAGCUUCACAAACGACCGCAAGGACAUUGCCAUCAUCCUCAUCAACCAGCAUAUCGCCGACAAGAUUCGCAGCCGCGUCGACUCGUACACCCAAGCCUUCCCCUCGCUCCUCGAGAUCCCCUCCAAGGACCACCCUUACGACCCGGAAAAGGACAGCGUCAUGAAGCGUGUCAAGAAGUUGUUUGGAGAGUAG